CCUUUAAAUGUGGAAACCUAUUCAUUGUUGCUACACAUCAUACUCUCUUUAUAUCCAGUAGACGCUAUGAGCACGGUGGCGUGCCCUAUUCAUCGCCAUUAUUUUUUAAGUGUGUUGACACACAGUGAACUGGAAAAUGUUACUUUGCCUUGUCUUUGUUUGCUUUAGUUUUAUUCGACCAGCCUUAUCUUACUCCUGGCGCCCUGAAGACGGAAGACCAGAGAAUGUAACGAACCUUGUGUGUUACCUCUACAACUGGAGAGAAUACAUCCGAUGCACUUGGGACCAUCCCCCCAGAAAUAAACAAAUCAUGGACAACAUUGAGGUGGAUUUCAUCUACAACUCUGAUCCUUCGAUUCUUAGAGUCGUGAGAUGUCCAGAGCUAACCAAAACAAGCUGUGUCAUGGCCUUUACUGGAUCCUAUGUCUACACAAUACAAAUAUCAGUAAUUAAUACAAUAACAAACGGUAGUGUGGAUCAUAUUUUUUCCUUCAUUCCAAGUGAACACGUAAAACCAGCUCCAGUUGAAGGUCUCAAAGCUUUCAUACAUAAUGGCUCGCUUCAGGUUACCUGGCACCAUCCGAAAAUAUAUUGGACAAAAACGUUUCAAAUAUUUCUUCAAACACAUAGUAGCACAACAUGGAGGCUUUAUAAAGAAGGCUGGCCCGAAGAGAAGUUGAUAAUUGAUGAUCUGAAGCCGUAUACGCCUAUCAAUAUCUCCGUGCUGUGUUGUCCAAAGAAAGGAUUUUGUAGUGAGCCCUCCAACAUUUCAUCCACCACACCGGCCAUUGCUCCUCCCAUGGGACCAGGCACUGUCAAUGGCAGUUAUCGAGCAGAAUCUUGCAAGCAUCGGCUCUACAGAGAUGUCACUCUAUUCUGGCAGAACAUCUUGGAAAUACCUCAGUAUGGUCCCUUGAAAGGAUUUACGUUAAACGAUGGGACCAGGGAACUACAUGUAACCAAUGUUUCAAAGCAAGCAACAAUACAACUUCCAUGUCACACUAGAGCCUCAGUGCAGAUAUUUGCCGAAAACACUGCCGGCAAUUCAACUCGACCUACAGUAAUGUCCGUAGCACCUGAUUUAUUCAAAGUUCCAGAAAGGCUUCAAAAGUCUCUAAUUGUGGAACUGAACAGGACUAGUGUAUUUAUACAUUGGAACAGUGGGGUGAAUCAAACAUAUGAAUACGUAUUGUUCUACUGUGCGGACCCGCCUGAGAGCCGUUUUGAUGACCAUUGCAAGACAACAAUAAAUAGGCAACAAUUGCCUAGAGGAGACUCAGAGAUAACUCUACCGUACGCCAGUCUCCUGGGAGACAACUCUAACCGGUCAUUAGUGGACUUGACUUUGGUGGCGUAUAGAUUUGGUCUGGCCAUGUAUGACAAGCUACAGGACCUGACGUCACCUAUUUUUUGGGCGGAGUGUUACUACAAUCUGACGGCGGCACUAGGUGACGUAACGAUAGUUGACGUCAUACCAGGAGAAGAAUCCGUGACGGUAUCGUGGAAUGUAGUGACAUGUUCAAAGUCUCCGAAGAUUAAAAUCACACAGUACAUCCUCCUGUACUGUAUUCAACAUUUAUGUGACAGUCCCAAUACCGUUGAAUUGAGUUCGACAGAAUCGUUCUAUACGAUCCGACAUCUACAAGCAGACCAAAAGUACCAAGUGGCUGUUGUCGCUCAAUCCUAUGACAGAAUAGCAAAUUAUUCAAUCAAGCAGUGGCGAUCAUUUCAACCUUUGACUGUUCCAAAUAACUGGAUAAGUUUCAUGGCUGUCUCUCUUGGAACAGUUAGUACCCUUCUUGUCGGACUAAUGAUUAUAUUUGUCUACAGGCAAUGUCGACGGAGUCAACGAACCGUGAAGCACUUCCAGAGCAACAUAAAUCUAGUGACACUGUUACCUCCCUUGACAACAAAAGAGAAAGACCGUGACCUACAUUCAACUUUGACCCAUUGAACUUUGACUUAUUCUACAUCCGGGUUUGCAUGAGAUAUAAACUUAUCGAUGGCGACUUUCUUUUAUCUUGGAUUGGAACGGUCUAGGUAUCAACGUCUUUCCACGGGUCCUUGUAGAUCAAGACAUUUAUAUAUUUAUAUUAUGAUGAUAUUCAUAUCUCGAGUUUUAUACAUACUUUUAAAAGUUACUUUUAUACAUAUUUCAAGUGCAUUAAAAUAUAUAUUUUAUCUUUUUGAGCUUCGGAACGCAAUGUCAAUCACUUUUAUUCUUUAUACAAUUAUUUUUAUACAAGCUGCAACUAAAAUUGAAAGUCAAUUGUAAUAAAAUAACAUAAAAAUA